CUCACAAAGGUAUUUUCUUUUUUAAAUAAUACAUCAGGUUUUAAUCAUUGAACCGAGCGCUUAGACAACCCGCUACAGUUAUAUUGAAUCUUUUGGAUUUUGAAACCUGAUUUUUAAGAAUAUUUUGGGCAAACAUACAAUGUAGCUAUGCAACCCAGCUAUAAAAACAAUAGCUACAUUACGUCGAUUUGUUUUUAAAAUAACAUACCAUAGCCUUCCUCAAAAAAAAUAGAAGUUACUAUUUUUUCAAAUUCCAGGAAUUUCCGUUCAGCUUUUUAACCGCAUCUCUGUCCUUAGUGCAAACGGAAAAUUAGAGGCAAGAUAAACGCGAGUUCCCCCUGAUGAAUGAUUACGCGCGUGCACACUGUCCUCUCUCUCUCUCUCUUCUCUCUCCCUUUCGGCCCCAAUCUAUCCCUCUGUCCGUGCUGCUGACUUUAAGGUGAAGGAUCUCUUCAUGUUUUAAUUUGUUCGUUUCUGCAGGCUGAAAAGUUUUUGCUCGUCGCAGAGCGGACUGGUGUGUCGUGGAAGGACCACGGCUCUCCAUUCACUUGACUCCGGGACGGCUUGUAUCUCCAGCAUCCUUCGGUGCGCCUGGCUAUUGGAGCACAGCCCCACGUGACCACAAGGAUGACAAUUACAUAUUCGACAAAGACAUCGAAGCCAAGAAAUGCGUGGGAUCAAGUGGAGACUACAUCCAUGAAUUUCGAGAACUACUCUGCCAGCGUCCAGUCACGUCUUUUCCCGGCGUCCGCCGCUCCUCGAUCCGGAUAAAUCCGUUCCGGAGCACUUUGGACCAGUCGUGUAGAACCACUGGCUCAACCAACGCCGACGGCACAAGCAGGUGCUCUUCAGGCGGCCAGUUAUCCAAGCAAAUCUUUCCAUGGAUGAAGGAGACGCGACAGAUCCAGAAAAGGAGAGCCCACAGCUUCACUGAAUCAGGUGAGUCGGCCAGCAGCAGCGGGGGCGAGACCAGCCCCCCGGGCGGCGGCGGCGCCGGAGGCGGUGGGCGUGGCCCGGCGCCGAAGCGCGCCCGCACCACCUUCACCAGCUCCCAGCUGGUGGAGCUGGAGAAGGAGUUCCACUUCAGCCGCUACCUGUGUCGCCCGCGGCGGCAGGAAAUGGCCUCCUCCCUGAAGCUGUCGGGGCGCCAGAUCAAGAUCUGGUUCCAGAACCGGCGGAUGAAGUACAAGAAGGAUCAGAGGGGGAGGGGGAGGGCCAGGGCGGAGGCCGAUUCGCCGCAGGGGCCGUCCCGCAGCUCCAGCCCCGGCCCAGGCCCCGGCCCCGGCCCCUCUGCCGGCUACGCCGCGCCCCUCUUCCCUCCCGCCUUCGAGUCUUCCAGAGGCGCCUACGGACUGGCGGCGUACGCCUCCGCGGACCGGCAGGGGGCGGGCCUCCUGUCGUCCGUGGCGCAGGCGUACGAUUGGCCCGACCCCGGAGCAGGCGGUCACGGCCACGUGAGCGCGGAGCCCGCGGCUGGACUGGGCGUCCCUGACCCCCCUUUCGCCGUUCUGGACUACGGCUGUGCGGUCCCCGGCCACGUCAGACGGGCCCUGGGGCCCCGCGACACGCAGGUGUCCUCCUUCUGUGACUUCGGUGCACACUGAAGUAGUCAGGCAUCUCCUCGGGACCUGUGGGGGUGAAGAACACACACAUGCACACACACAUAAACACACACACACACACGCACACACACG